UGAGCCAGCGUUCCCUCUGCCUGUCCUGAAAACAAGCUGUGCCUUUCAUGCUAAUAAAAGUUUGUCAUUUAGUCAGCUACAUUACGUUUUAUGUACUUUAACUGCCGGUAAUCUUGGGAAGCUAGCUAUGCUUAUGAAGCUUCUCAGAGAAAUAUGGCUUCUUGCUUAGUGCCAGAUUUCCCAGCUGUGCUUCUCGCUUUGGAGCACUUGGGCGAGUUAGAAAAGCAGCUGAAAGAUGAAGACGUCUCGUUCAGCCAAGAAGCAAGUCACCACCUGAGAGAGAUAGCAACUGCAAUUAAAGCACUGGAGGCGUCCCGAAAGGCAGUCCACGAACAACUUGAGGUUGAAACUAUUGAAAGUAGCAAGGUCCGUCACCAGGUUCUUCGUAUUCGUGAUGAAGUAGUCUAUGAAAUAACAGAUGGUGUGGCGGCAGCAAGAGAUGUCAAUGCAACUCAGCUUAACCAACUUCAAGAUGAACUUAAAAACCUUAUGGAAGAAAUUGAGUCAAUGGAAGUGAAACGAGGACUUCUUGAGGGGCAAAACGCACUGCUUUAUCCAGAGAGAGCACGUGUGAAACAAAACCAUGAAAAUGUCAUCAGCCUGCUCAACUUCCAACUGGCAGAGAAGGCCAGCAAGCAGAUCUUGCUCAACGAGAAGAUGAAUGAGAUUGAAGAUGUGAAGGCCAAAAUAGCCUGUGUGGAAAUUAUCAGAGCUGAUCUACUCAAUGAACUCACCCAGGAAAGGAACAUGUUUAACGAGGCGAAGAACAUUUUGGAAGCACAGAUUGAGCAGUGCGAGAAUAGAAUCCAACAGCAGAAAAAGAACAUUGGCCAGAUACGCAGAGAGCUGGAUAAUCUUACCAAUGACCUGCAGGAAAAGGAAGACAGGGAGGCUGAUCAUCGGAAUACCAUAUAUCAGGUUGGUCUUAUCAUAACCAGACUAACAUCAACAAAGAACAAACUUAAAGACCAACUCGCAGAGGAAAUCAGAAAGUCUGUGAAGCUUGAACAAAACAGAGUGGUCCUUGAACAGGAGCUUGCGGAACUAACAGAGACUUUCAGGAAGAGAGAGGAACUCCUUCAGCAAAGCAUUAUAGAGACAAAAGAGGAGAUUGAGCAGAGUCUGCUUAUGAAUGCCAUUCAUCUUGCAUCAGUGACAAGAUUGACAGAUCAUUUCAACAUCCAGAGAAAACUUGAGGAUGAUACCAUGGGUGAACACAGUGCCAUGGCUAGGCGACUGGAGUGGUCAAAACUGAGACUGGAUGAACGCUUUGCCUCCAUUGCCAAGUAUAAAUUAGAAAUCAAAGAAAUGGAGGAGGGGAUGAGACAACUCAAUGAAACAACUGUAGUGAACUCUGACCUGUUCAAGAGGAAUCUUGAGGAGAUGAAAGUACAGCUGGCAAAAGAAAAGAAGAUCAGAGCGGCAUAUGAAGCUGAGAGACAAGAACUCUGUCAUUCUCUGGAGAACUUGAAAGUAGCACACAAGGGGCACAUGAGGGAGGUCAACGAAGCCAUCGAGCAGACCAAGGCGCGAAGCCUCGAACUACGAGAGGAGCAGGAGGAGAAGCUCCAGGACCACGUGCUCAUAGGUUCUCUGAUAGAGCGUCUCAAGAUGACGGUGGCUAACACGGUGGAGGCCACCAAAGCCAUGGAGGUUUCCUACGCCGUUGAGAUGCAGCAGUUGGAGGAAGAAGCUGAGGCACUGACUGAACAACGGCUGGAGUUGGAGGAGCUGCUGAGUGCAGUGGAGUCCGUCUUGGGGGGCGUGGAGGGCGAGUUUGACGUCGCCCAGACCCGACACCAGACACUGACUAAAGACACGACAGACCUGAAGCAUAGAAAGAUGCAACUGGAGCUCUGUAUUCAGGAUACCCAAAUCAACACUGCUCUUAUUCUCAAACCAAAGGAGGAGCUGAAGCAAGAGUUGGUGGAUUUAAGGAGGAGACACAUGGAGGUUCUCAAGUUCCAGGGAGAGCAGUUGAGCGAGACAGAGAAGGUCAUCUAUGAGAACGGAUUGAUGCUGGAGCAGGUCAACCGUGAGAACUGCCGCUUACAUGUAUGCAUUGAACAAAUGAAAGAGGGCAUAUUCAAUGCCAAGCAAGAUAAAGACAGACACACACAGGAGACAGAGUGGCUGAGCGAGGAAGUUCGCUCUCUUUUCCAGAGCCUGGUCGAUGCUUGGGUGAAUGACAUUGUGGUUACCAAGGCAAGUAUUUUUUAAAUGAGAAUAUCUAAACAUUCUUAAUCAAUUAAAUUGUAUUAGGGCCACAGAUGAAAGUUUUUUCUUUAUGCCCUACCUACCAUAUCCUAAAACGUUUACAAUAGCUUAUUCAUUAUUUAUUAACAGACUUAUCAUAACUCCCUUACCAGGAAUCUACUGAGAAGGAUCAACACAUUUAUGCUGCUAUUCACAAUCUACUGAUGAAGCUGGCAAACAGGCAAUCCCAAAUUGGGAGCAUCGCUGAUAAACUAAAGAAGGAGUUUGGGGCCUUGACUGCCCUCUUAUCACCUCCAAAGCUGUAAUGAUUUGAACUGUUGUUUGUACAUCACUUCACUUAUUUGAAUCCUCUUGAACUCCCUCCUUUAACUUAGAGUUGAGCUCUGUGAAGCAACAGUUGUUUGACCUUUACCCUUGGUACCAGAUUCUGCAACACUUCAUCUCUCUCAUGCAUCAUUCAUUCCCAUUAAAGUUAUAUUUGUUGAUAUGGAAGAAAACAGAA